AGUGCUGCUUACAUCCCUUUCCCUAGAUGUACAUUAGUAAUGAAUGUGAUGAACAGUCAUUCCAAUAUGAUGUAUGGUAUUUCUUUAAAUUAUGUAAUGAGACAGAAAUUCAAUGAACAAUAAUAACUAAUGCAUUCUGUUUUACAUGAUCAAUAUUCAUAACCCUCCAUCUUGGAUAAUGGAUGAUCAGAAAAUGGAUCAGGUUUGUGGUAUUUACAAAAUGAGACCUAUGGGGACCAGCUGAAGAGGGAGAAAUCAGCUGGUGAGCUUGAGUUGAAGAUGGAAAAAGAGAUAUUAAGACAGGAGAUGAUGAAACAACUAGAGGAGAAGGACACACAACUGGAUGAUAUGACCCAGGAAGUGAGAGAGAAAGAGAGACUCCUGGAGGAGAAGAACCAGAUAAUGGGACAGAGGGAGAAACUAUUAGAAGAGAAAGAAAACCAACUGGAAGAGAAAGACAAGCAACUAAAGGAUAGAGACAUUCAACUAGAGGCACUGAGAAAGAACCUGCAGGACAAGAACAGCCAAGUAGAGAACUUCAGAGUCCUACUGCAGGAAAAAGACCUUCAACUAGAGGACAGCAACCACAGACUGGGAGAGAAGGACAGACUACUGGAAGAGAAGGACAGACUACUGGAAGAGAGAGACAAACUACUGGAAGAGAAAGAGAACCAACUAAAGGAAAGAGAACUUCAACUAGAGGACAGAAACUAUAGACUGGGAGAGCAGGACAGACUACUGGAAGAGAAAGACAAACUACUGGAAGAGAAAGACAAACUACUGGAAGAGAGAGACAAACAACUGGAAGAGAGAGACAAACUACUGGAGGGAAAAGCAAAUGAACUAAAAGAGAGGAGGCAGGAAGUAGAAGAGAAAGAUAACCUACUAGAGGAGAGAGAGAAGCAGUUAAAGGAAAGAGACAAACAGGUGGAGGAUGUCAACAAUGAAAAUGCUGAACUGGCUCAACAGAUAUGUGAUGUGAAGACUGAGGUAGAGAGACUGAGAAGAGAGAUCUCAGCCCAGAUGACUGAACCUGGAGAGACGUCAGAUACAGGUUCCAUACUCCCAGUCAGGAGGAGACACAGCGAGGAUCCUUCACUUAUGGGAGGAGAGACCUCAGAUACAGACCCCACACUUCCACUGAGGAGGAGACAAAGCAUGGAGUUUAUUCCUCCAGAUAUGGGAGGAGAGAGCAGCAGUCCAGACUCCCCAGUGUCUCCCAGUGUGUCUGAGCUGAGACUGGUGCUGCUGGGGAGGACUGGGGCUGGGAGGAGUGCAGCAGGAAACACCAUCCUGGGCAGAGAGGAGUUUGGGGCCCAGGCCAGCCCCUCUGCAGUGACCCAGAGGAGUAGGAGGAGAGAGGGGGACGUGUGUGGCAGACGGCUGGUGCUGGUGGACACUCCAGACUGGUUCUGUCCUGGACUCUCUCUGGAGGAGAUAAGACAGGAUGUGGGGCUCUGUGUCCGUCUGUCUGCCCCGGGACCCCACGCCUUCCUCCUGGUCAUACCAGUGGAGCCCUCUAAGGGGGAGGAGAGAGGGGUGCUGGAGAGAAUAGAGGAGAUGUUUGGGGAGGGUUGUUGGGAACACACUGAGAUUCUAUUCACUCAUGAUGAUGGCCUGAAAGAGCAGAGCAUUGAGGAGUUUCUCCAAGCAGGAAGUCAGGACCUCCAGCAGCUUGUAGGGAUAUGUGGGAGCAGGUACUACGUCCUCAACAUUAAGGACAGGGCCCAUGAAACUCAGGUAUCAGAGCUGCUGGAUCAGGUAGAGGAGAUGGUGGCAGGAAACAGAGAGAGAUUCUACAGCAGUCAGACCUACCAGGAGGCAGAGACCCAGGUUAGAGAAAUGGAGGGAAAGAUCCAGAGAGAGAGAAGAGAGAGGAAACAGAGGGAAGAGAGAGACUUGAGAGAGAGGCUUGAGAAGGAGCUGCAGGAUUCUAUGAAGGAGAAAGAUGGAGAGAUCCAGAAGCUCAAGAGAGAUAUCAGAAUUCUCAGAGAACGAAUAACAGAACUGGAGAGACAGGUGAAAGAAGAGAGGGAUGAGGAGAAGAAAAUAGAACUGGAGAGGGAGCUGAAGAGGGAGUCUGAUAGGAGGGAGGAGAUUGAGAGAGAAGAGCGAGAAUGAGAGGAGGGAGAUGGAGGAGAGACACAAACAGGAGAUAGAGGAGAUGAUGGAGAACUAUGAAGGAGAGGCCAGAGUUGAAGCAGAGAGAAACCUGAUGAAGAUAGUCCUACCUGAGUUACAGAGGAACAUCAUGAACUCACAGACAAAGAUGCAGAGGGAGUUCAGCAGACAUAUGGAAUAGAAGGAUAGACAGAUGGAGGAGAAGGAUCGACAGAUGGAAGAGAGGCACAGACAGGAGAUAGAGGAGAUGAUGGAGAACUAUGACGGAGAGGCCAGAGUCAGAAACCUUCUGAAAACAGUCCUUUAUUUUCUUAUAUAUAUUUUUUACCUUUAUUUAACUAGGGAAGUCAGUAAAGAAUAAAUUCUUAUUUUCAGUGACGGCCAGGGAACAGUGGGUUAAUAACUGCCUUGUUCAGGGGCAGAACAACGUAUUUUUACCUUGUCAGCUCUGGGAUUCGAUCUUGCAACCAUUCGGUUACUAGUCCAAUGCUCUAACCACUAGCGGUUGUCCAUUCAAAACCUGACUCCAAAACUUGAUUCCAACUCUUUUUAUUGGAUAUCCAAACAGACACACAGAGAAAUAUCAGUAUUAUGUUGCUUGUUUUACUAUAUAGAAAGUGUUUUGUUGCUUUGUAUCACACAUAGUAUUUGUUACUUCAACAAUAUUGUAUUAAAUCAGUAUCACUAAAUACCA